UGGGCUGGCUGCUGACCGUCGGCCCAGGCUGCUGAGGCGGCUGAGGUAAAAAAUGGCUCAGACAGCGACGACGGCGGCAGCGACGGCUGCUGAGGCAGUGUGAGGUGAGGGGAGAAGCGGAGACGGGCUCUGGCUGCAGCGCGGGACGCGGGCCCUGGAUCCCGGACGUGUGAGGGCCUCGGUGCUCCCGCGGUGCAUCUGGUUUAUACCUCAGGACCUACAAGACGGACUUGUUUAGAAGAAGAUAGAUUUGCCCUUUUAAAUGGACAUCCUUUUUACAGCAUGGCUCAGAUAUCCAGUAACAAUGGGUUUAAGCAGUGUUCAUCCUCACCUUUGGGGCCAGCAAAAACUAAAGAUGUGGACAGAGAAGAAGCAUUACAGAUGGAAGCUGAAGCUCUGGCAAAACUGCAAAAAGACAAACAAGUAGUUGAAAAUCAGAGAGGCUUCGAAUUGUUAAGUAGCACUACUCAGAAAUCACAAGAAAUUCAUAGUAAACAGGACCUUGAUCUCAUGGUGUUUCCUGAAUCAGAUUCGCCCAAAAGGGCUAUAGACAUUGAUAUUGAAAAGCUAACCCAUGCCGAACUUGAGAAACUACUGCUGGAUGACAGUUUUGAGUCAAGUAAAGCACCAACAAUGUCAGUUACUCCUGUCUUGAGCCCUUCCUUUUCAACACAGUUUUAUCUACGGCCUACUAUUCAGAGGGGACAGUGGCCCCCUGGAUUACCUGGGCCUUCCACUUGCACUUUACCUUCUAUUUAUCCUUCAGCUUACUGUAAACAGGCUGGUGCAUUCCAAAAUGGCUUCAAUCCAAGCAUAUCUACAUUUCCAUCUACAGAGCCUAUUUAUUUAAGUCUUCCAAGACAAUCCCAGUACAUUUCAUACCCUUUGACACCCACUACACCUUUUCAUCCACAAGGAAGUUUACCCAUCUAUCAUCCAGCAGUGAGUCCUGAAAUGGCAAAACUGUUUGACAAAAUAGCUAGCACUUCAGAAUUUUUAAAAAAUGGUAAAGCAAGGACUGAUUUGGAGAUAAGUAAUACAAAAACUACUGUCAGUAAUCUACAAGGGUCCCCAAAGUCUGAUGAUAUCAGUAAAUUUGACUGGCUAGACUUAGAUCCUUUAAGUAAACCUAAAGUGGAUAAUGUGGAGGUGUUGGGCCACGUAGAAGAGAAAAAUGCUCCAGUUUUAACAGCAGAGGAUCCUUGGGAUGCCGUGCUUCUAGAAAAGAGAUCACCAGCAGGUUGUCAUCCUGAAAAAAAGGUGAACGGAAAAUCCUUUUUGGGGUCGACAGUAACAAGAAGUCAUUCUUUAAAUAUUAGAUCAACUCAGCUUACAAAAGUCCAAGGCCAAGUAUCUCAGAAAGACAGUGGGACCAGUAGUUUGUCAACUGGAAGUUCUCUGUUACGAGAAGUUGAAAUCCAGAAUGAGGAGGUGGCAGCUUUUUGUAAUACCAUUUCAAAAUUGAGGACCAACUUUCCACAUACCAAUCGACUCACAAAUCCAGGUUAUGUGCUAAGCCCAGUUAUGAUGCAGAGAAACACAUGUGGAGAGAAUUCUAGUGUGAAAGUCUCGAUAGAAAUUGAAGGAUUUCAACUACCAGUUACUUUUACGUGUGAUGUGAGUUCUACUGUUGAGAUUAUAAUAAUGCAGGCACUUUGCUGGGUCCAUGAUGACUUGAAUCAAGUAGAUGUUGGCAGCUAUGUCCUUAAAGUCUGUGGUCAAGAAGAAGUACUACAGAAUAACCAUUGCCUUGGAAGUCAUGAAUAUAUUCAGAACUCUCGAAAAUGGGACACAGAGAUUAAACUGCAGCUCUUGACUUUUGAUGCAAUGUGUCGAGAUCUGGCUCGAACAGCAGAAGAUGAUAAAACACCUACAGAGUUAAGCAAAUAUCUACAUCAUAUAGAAAAUCCAUUUAAAGAAGUCAUGACAAGACAUUCUGUUGAAGAACUUCUAGAUACUUAUCAUAACCAAGUGGAAUUGACUUUUCAAAAUGAAAAUCAACACAGAUCAGUAGAUCAGAUAAUCAAAGCUGUAAGAAAAAUCUGUAGCACUUUAGAUGGUGUAGAGACCCUAGCCAUUACAGAAUCUGUAAAGAAACUAAAAAGAGCAGUUAAUCUUCCAAGGAGCAAAAGUGAUGAGGUGACUUCAUUAUCCAGAGGUGACAUAAUAAGCAAGAGUUCAAGUAGGGGUUCCCUAACUUCAGAAAAUCCUGUUCAAGUAUGUGUGGAUCAGUUAACUGCAGCCAUCUAUGAUCUUCUCAGACUUCAUGCAACUUCAUGUGGUAGUCCUGUAGACUGUGGACAAAGUCAUAGGACCACUAAGGAAGCAUGGACAACAACAGAACAACUGCAGUUCACAAUAUUUGCUGCACAUGGAAUUUCACCUAAUUGGGUAGCAAAUUAUGAAAAAUACUAUUUAAUUUGCUCCCUGACUCACAAUGGGAAGGACCUUUUUAAGCCUAUUCAGUCAAAGAAAGUUGGCACAUAUAAGAAUUUCUUCUAUCUUAUUAAAUGGGAUGAACUAAUCAUUUUUCCCAUUCAGAUCUCACAAUUACCAUUGGAAUCACUUCUUCACCUUACUCUUUUUGGAAUUUUAAAUCAAAACAGUGGAAGUUCCCCUGACUCUAAUAAACAGCGAAAGGGACCUGAGCUUUUAGGCAAGGUUUCUUUACCCCUUUUUGACUUUAAGCGGUUCUUAACUUGUGGAAGUAAGCUUCUUUAUCUUUGGACUUCAUCCCCUACACAACCCAUACCUGGGAUAACCCACAAAAAAGGACCUAUGAUGGAAAGAAUAGUGUUACAGGUUGACUUUCCUUCCCCUACAUUUGAUAUCAUUUAUACAACGCCUCAAGUUAACAGUAGCAAUGUACCGCAGCAGUGCUUAGAAACACUGGAAAAAGAUUCUAAAGGGAAACUUGUUGCCAUUCUUUCAAGAGAUUCUUCAUUUGGACUUUCUAAAGAAGAUAAAGCCUUUUUGUGGGAGAAGCGUUAUUAUUGCAUUAAGCACCCAAGCUGCCUUCCAAAAAUACUAGCAAGUGCUCCAAAUUGGAAAUGGGCAAAUCUUUCUAAAACAUACUCAUUACUUCAGCAGUGGCCACCAUUGCCUCCACUGAAUGCCCUGGAACUGCUGGAUUCAAAAUUUGCAGAUCAGGAAGUUCGGGCCCUGGCUAUAAACUGGAUUGAGACAAUUAGUGAUGAUGAGCUAACUGAUUUCCUCCCACAGUUUGUUCAAGCUUUAAAGUAUGAGAUUUACCUGGACAAUUCAUUAGUGAGAUUCCUCUUGUCCCGGGCAUUGGGAAAUAUUCGUAUAGCGCACUAUUUGUAUUGGCUAUUGAAAGAUGCCCUACAUGAUGCACAGUUUGGUGUUCGAUACGAGCAUAUCUUGGGAGCCUUCCUGUCAAUAGGAGGAAAGGGGCUAAGAGAAGAGCUCUUAAAGCAGACAAAACUUGUACAGCUUUUAGGAGGAGUGGCAGAGAAAGUCCGACAGACUAGUGGAUCAGCUCGGCAGGUUGUCCUCCAAAAGAGCAUGGAACGUGUACAGUCUUUUUUCUUAAGAAAUAAAUGUCGUCUCCCUCUCAAUCCAAGUCUUGUGGCAAAAGAACUGAAUAUUAAGAUGUGUUCCUUCAGUUCUAAUGCAGUUCCCCUGAAAAUCACAAUGGUGAAUGCUGAUCCUUUAGGGGAGGAAAUCAAUGUCAUGUUCAAGGUUGGUGAAGAUCUACGGCAAGAUAUGUGCUUACAAAUGAUAAAGAUUAUGGAUAAGAACUGGCUAAAGGAGGGGACUGGAUCUGAGAAUGGUCAUUUCAAGUGUCUUUCAACAGGCAAAGAUAGAGGCAUGGUGGAGCUUGUACCCGCUUCAGAUACACUCAGGAAAAUCCAAGUCGAAUAUGGAGUGACAGGAUCCUUUAAAGAUAAACCACUUGCAGAAUGGCUGAGGAAAUAUAAUCCAUCUGAAGAAGAAUAUGAAAAGGCUUCUGAGAAUUUCAUUUACUCGUGUGCUGGAUGCUGUGUAGCCACCUAUGUAUUAGGUAUCUGUGAUCGGCACAAUGACAAUAUAAUGCUACGAAGUACAGGACAUAUGUUUCACAUUGACUUUGGAAAAUUUCUGGGCCAUGCACAAAUGUUUGGUAGUUUUAAAAGGGAUCGGGCUCCUUUUGUGCUAACCUCAGAUAUGGCGUAUGUCAUUAAUGGGGGUGAAAAGCCUACCAUUCGUUUCCAGUUGUUUGUGGACCUCUGUUGCCAGGCCUAUAACUUGAUAAGAAAGCAAACAAACCUCUUCCUUAACCUUCUUUCACUGAUGAUUCCUUCAGGGUUACCAGAACUUACAAGCAUUCAGGACUUGAAAUAUGUCAGAGAUGCUCUUCAGCCCCAAACAACAGAUGCAGAAGCUACAAUUUUUUUCUAUAGGUUGAUUGAAUCAAGUUUGGGGAGCAUUGCUACAAAGUUUAACUUCUUCAUUCACAACCUUGCUCAACUUCGUUUUUCUGGACUUCCUUCUAAUGAUGAGCCCAUUCUUUCAUUUGCACCCAAACAUAUUCCUUUACAAGAUGGUCGAAUCAAGGAAGUUUCUGUUUUUACAUACCAUAAGAAAUACAACCCAGAUAAACAUUAUGUUUAUGUAGUCCGAAUUUUGAGAGAAGGACAAAUUGAACCUUCAUUUGUCUUCCGGACAUUUGAUGAAUUUCAGGAACUUCACAACAAACUUAGUAUUCUUUUUCCACUUUGGAAGUUACCAGGCUUUCCUAAUAGAAUGGUUCUGGGAAGAACUCACAUAAAAGAUGUAGCAGCCAAAAGAAAAAUUGAACUGAACAGUUAUUUACAGAGUUUGAUGACUGCUUCAGUAGAUGUCGCAGAGUGUGAUCUUGUUUGCACAUUUUUCCAUCCUUUACUUCGUGAUGAGAAAGCGGAAGGAAUUGCUAGAUCUGCAGAUGCAAAUCCCUUGAGUCCUACCUCUGGCCAAGUAGGAGGAGCAGUGAAACUGUCUAUCUCUUACCGCAAUGGCACUCUAUUCAUCAUGGUGAUGCAUAUCAAAGAUCUGGUUACUGAAGAUGGGGCAGACCCAAAUCCAUAUGUAAAAACAUAUCUACUUCCAGAUACCCAUAAAACAUCAAAGCGUAAAACCAAGAUUUCACGAAAAACUAGAAACCCAACAUUUAAUGAAAUGCUUGUGUACAGUGGAUACAGCAAAGAGACUUUGAGACAACGAGAGCUUCAGUUAAGCGUGCUGAGUGCAGAAUCCUUGCGGGAGAAUUUUUUCUUAGGAGGAAUAAAUUUGCCCUUAAAAGAUUUCAAUUUGAGUAAAGAGACAGUUAAAUGGUAUCAACUGACAGCAGCACUAUAUUUGUGAGUGUUGGAUGGUUGAAAGCAAGAGGAGAUGAAUGAACCCUGCUGACUUGUGAACUUUUGUACAUUUUUUCUAUCUUGGAUAGAAUUUAAGACAUUAAAUAAACAGCACAACUAUUGGACCAACAGCCACAAAAUUAACAUGAUGGAAUUUUAUGGGAGCCCUGUGUAAUUUUAAAGUUGCUAUGGGAUGCUGCAAACUUCAAACAAUUUUUUACCAGUUUUUUAAAAUGUGUGCUUUUCAAUAAUGAAGUUUUUCAACUAUUCUUAGCCAUUCAGAGUAAUAAUUUUGGCUCAGUUUGAUUGUCCUGUGUCACUUCAACCUCCAGCCUUUCUAUUGCCCACCCUGCAAAUAUUUCUUUUUUUGAUAUUUUUACAUUCUAGUCACCAUUCUAUGUAGGGAAACAUCAAAGUUGAGAAAGGUGCAUCAUUUUAACAAAAGAAACCCGUGGCUUUUUUUUUUCAUUGCAGCAAAGUAAAUAAUACAUAAAGCAUGGUUAAAAAAAUACUACUGGAUAGUACAAAGGUUGAAAGAAGUAAGAAAAUGGAUAGUGUUGCUUUUACAUUAUUCAUGCCAGAGUCCAAUGUCUUUAAAACCUUUUUCAGAGUGAGUGCCAACAAUUGAAGUUGUUAAAUAAUGGUGCCUUAACUUUAGAUGCUUUCUCCCCGGGCACCUCAUUUCUGGUGGUUUUUUCCAGGCUUGUUCAUUAAUAAAUAUUUUAUAUAUCUUUCCAAUUACUAAACUGAGACAGGAAAGCCUUUACUUUGUGAAUUUUAAGCAUCUACUAAUUUUUUUCCCAAGGAAAAACCACUUGCUACACCUGUGAUACAGUUGUGACAUCCAUUCAGUCAUACCAUGUACAUACAACAUCUGUUAGUUACUCAGUAACUUGAUGUGAAUGAAAGUUGAAUGUAUGGGGAAAAUAUCUUCAUUCCAUUAUUACAAACCUGUUUUGACCUAGUGAAGCGAAUUAAAGCUUAAACAUCAUGCACCUAUACUCUGAUAACCCCUGUAACAAGUGACAGCUUUUUACCUGUGGCCCAAAUUCCUGCACUCUAUGAAAACCCCAUCAAAACAGACUCUUGAUUGAGUGUCUGGGAUAUUAGUAACUAGGUAUUUGUAGGCUCUAAUCUGAAUUUAACCAGAGACCUAUGUGGGGAAACAUGCCUUAGUCUAAUGUUUUUCCUCCUUGCUAUUGUAAACAUUGUAAUUCACAUGUAAGUUCAGAACUACCUUAGGAAGAGAUGGAAUUGUAGCUUAAUUAAUCACUUUUCAUGAAUAACAUUCAUGUGUAGAUUCACUUAACUCCACACAUAUAGAUGUCAUUUUGAUUUGGUUUUGUUUUCUAUAAAUCUUGAUAAAAAGACACAAGCUUAGAACAUAGAAUUUAUUUAAAUGAAGGAAAGUGUAGAUAUGCUGAUUGUUUACAUUCUGUUCCUUGUAAAAUGACAGGUAUAGGAAAGGGACAAUCAGAUUGAGGGACCCUGAAAAUGAAAUUAUUUCUGUGAAAUGUGCCUACUGUUUGCACAAAGGAUUAUACUUUUAGAGUGGAUUGUAAAUGGGGGGGACCUAGGUACCAUUAGGUAGAGAGGGGGAAGAAGAAAGAACACUUGAAACUACUCAGUGCCUAACACUAAUGGUCCAUUUGUUAAAUAAUUGUUCAAGUAGAAUCUACAGACAACUUGUUUUGGAAUGUGAAGUGUCUUUAUAAAUAGUAAAUAGAGUGGUCAAAAUGCAGACGCGUUGUCUGAACUUAGCUUCUUUUUCGUAUAGAAUUUAUCAUUUGUUUAAAUAACUGUAACUUAGUAAAUGUAAUAUAAGGAGCUCCUAGGUUGUUUUUCCUGCUCACUUGAUGCUUUUGAGACUUAUUCCACUCCAUCAAUAGAUCCACAAGUCAUUUAGCCCCAGGAAAGCAAAAUACUGUUUUUGUGAAACAUUUCAUUAUUAAUUGGAAGCAAUAUUUACUGCCUUUUUGCAGUCAGUUAUAGCACAGUGUCUUAUAGCACAAAUAUUAGAAAUUUUGCAACAUUGCUUUGCAAUAUAAAAGGUAUCUGAUUCUUGUCUGAAAAUGUAUAUUAUGAUGAGUACUGUAUAGUUAACUAGGAUUCAGGACAAGUGCUAACAAUGUUCUCCUCAGCUUCUCUCAUUAUUGUGCCUUUUUGUCCCUUUUUUAUUAUAGAUUUAAUGUGAUAUUUUCUUGUAUGUAAAAUUUAAUCAGCCCUCACCAAAAACUAGAGAGGAAUAGCACUGACUUACGCCUCUUUGCACUACUCUUGAUAGAUUGAAAGUUAAUCGAAUUCCUAAAGAUAUAUAUUUAAACCUUUGAUUUAAAAAUAAACAUGAAAAAUGAAUGGAAGUACGAACAGAAGCUGGCCAAGACACUAAUUAAUGAGACAUUUGCAAGCGCUCACACAACUGAUACUUUGUAUUUAGUCACACAAAAGAGUUCUGCUGUUUGUAGGCUGCCAGAAAAAAAAUAUUCUCUUCUGGCUGGUAGAUGGAGAUGUGCAGAUGAUGGCUUGCUUAAAGAACCUCUUAUUUUCUCUACUGAAGAACUCAAUGUAGGACCUGCACUGAAGUUUUUUAUUACUGCCUUUAUAUUAUCUACAGGUAUAUUGGUAUGUUAAUGCAUGUGUGGUCUUUAAUAAAGUUUUCAUUUUUCUAUUUUAAAGAUUAGGGCUGUAUAGAAAUUUGAGUAUCCUGCCUUAAAUUGACUGCUCUUUUUAGAAUUCUAAUAUUGUGCAUUUUUCACAAAGAAACAUUUAUUUCUGGUAUUUGCAAGCUAUUCCUAUUUCAUAGGGGAAAGGGAGGUAUAGCACCAUUUUCAUAAUUGAUGAAUUAAAGUUCCUAUAAUAUUUACUCACAUACUGUGACAACAACACUGCAUAUAUGAAGAAAUAACCAGCACAGUGGGUUAGUUGGUCUCACGUUAACUAUAAGAACCAAAUAUUUUAAUUAUAUUGUGUUGAUAGUUGAGAUGUACAUUAUUUCCUUUAAUACCUUAAAUGUAUUCAGUGGAUUAAAUGUGACUCUGUAACUGUCCUAUAAUUGUAUUAAAACUCUUCUGAA